UGAAAAAGAGACAAAACCCACCCGUCGUGUCUUCUUGUUCAUCCUUUGUUUCCCUUUUUAUUUUUCCUUCUCACUGUUUCUGCCUUACUUAAAGUCUCAAACUUUGCUUCAAAUUCAACCCAUCUCUUCUUCCCACUUCCCCUCACAAUCAAAAUCUCCAACCACUGAUUGAUUGAUUUAAUCUCUCUGUUACAGUUUUCUCAGCUUUUCUGAGUUUGGAAUUCAAAUGGAAGGCGGUUCCGUGAGUGGAUCAGCUUCGGCUUUGUCAAACGAUGAAAAUCUCGUCGUUUCUUGUGAGGAUUCUUGUUCUCCUGUAGGGAAUGAGCUCGAGCUCGGUCUUACCUUGAGCCUUGGUCGAAAAGGGUAUACUAGGGUUGCUUACGCUGAUGAUUCCUCUUCUUCUUCUUCUUCUUCAUCUUCUUCUCUGAGCAGAGCUAGCGUAAUUGCUGGGAUCAAGCGAACAGCUGAUUCCAUGGCCGCAACUAGUGGACAAGUUGUGGGAUGGCCACCAAUAAGGACUUACAGAAUGAACAGUAUGGUUGUUAACCAAGCCAAGACAUUGGUUUCUGAAGAUCAGAACUCUGAGAUUCGUCAAGAAGUAAACAAGAAUAGAACUGAUGCAACAAAUAUGAGAAGUUCCAUGUUUGUGAAAGUGACUAUGGAUGGCAUUCCAAUUGGAAGAAAAAUUGAUCUGAAUGCUCAUAAAUGCUAUGAAUCAUUGUCAAACACUCUUGAAGAAAUGUUUCUGAAACCCAAAACAGGUUUAAGCACACGAGAAACUGAUGGUCGCAUGGAAACACCGGUCAAGAUACUACCGGAUGGGUCUUCUGGAUUAGUACUAACAUAUGAAGACAAGGAAGGAGAUUGGAUGCUUGUUGGUGAUGUUCCGUGGGGCAUGUUCAUUGGCUCCGUGAGGAGGCUUCGGAUAAUGAAAACAUCAGAGGCUACUGGUAAAGCUCAAAUGAUAUUAUGAAGCAAAUAAUAAUCUACAAGAACCCUUUAUGUUUGAAGCAGUAAUAAGACAGAUCACAGAUCAAAGAGAAGACAAAAACAUUGUAAGAAGCUUCUUCUUCUUCUCUCCCUUUUACAGUUUUCUUUUGGCUCUGCCAUUUUUUUUCUCUCUUUUAGUUAGUUUAUAUGGUCUCAUUGUAAAUCACACUUCAAAAGCUAUAACAAAACCCCUUGUCUUGCACAAAACCGGUUCAGAGCAAUGCACAAAGUUAAUAUGAUCUGUAAAAACAAAAGCAAAGUUAUUCUACAUGGAAAAAAAUGAAAUAAGAGCAUCAAGAUCUCUC